AGACUUGUUUAGUGUGAUGAAUUUUGUAUCUUUAUUUGCUUUCUUGUUAUGAAAAAGUUAUGAUAAAAAACAUAUUGUUCAAUGCCUCAUUAGCUAACAUGGAUUCCUUGAAAUCAUUGGUUAGGGAUGAUAGUGUUAGACAGAUUCUUAGAAUUUUGAAGAAUGAAGGUGAGGUUCAUCUAUAUGUUGAUCAUGAGCUCAAUUUUGCUUAUGUAAUUGACCCUGUUUUGUCUAUUAGUUGGAAAGAUGUUGUUGUAAAUGGGGGUGGUGGGGUUGGUGUUGUUAAUAAUAAUAAUAAUGAGGGACCAUUUGAAGCUGACAUUGGCAAUGUCACAAUAGAAAGGCAAGGUCUUAAUGAGGACAAUUUUGACAAUUCCCCUAAGGAGUUUGAUUCAGAAUAUGAAUCUCAAAGUGAUGAAGAUUUGGGCAGUCUAGCUAGAACUGAUGAUGAGGAAUAUUUGAUACAUUUACAUAGAGCAAGACCUUUGAGGAAAAAGAGAAGGGCUAGAUCUGGAGUUGAGAAGAAGGUUCAAACCCCAAUACUUAAGCUGCAAGGUGUGUUAAUGAUGGAACCUUCUGUGGGUGAAGCAACUCUAGUAACUGAGCAACCUUCUAUGGGCGGAGCAAUUCCAACAACUGAGCAGCUUCAUAUAGAUGCAACAACUUUAGCAAUUGAGCCAAGGCCAAAGGGUGAUGAGAGAGACAACCAUUAUGAAGACAAUAAUGAUCCUUGCAACUUGUGGACAAGUUCCAGUGAUGUUGAUGAAGAUGAAUAUCAUAGAAUUGAAGAAAUGAGGUUGAAUGCUUUUGAAUGCUGUGUUCAAUGGGAUGGUGAACAUGCUUUCCAGGUUGUUGCUAGUGGAAGGAAAAGGAAGAACAAUCUAGGCAAUCAAAGCAAAAGGCAAACCAAAAGAAGCAAAUAUGUUGCCCCUGGCCAGUCAUCAAAUAAAGGGAAGCAGAAGGCAUGAGAAGAAAGGAAGAAUGAAGAAUGAUUUUGUUGUUUUUUUUUUUCCUCCUAUUUUGUGGUUUAUUAACUAUUAUGUCCAUUUUCUUAAUAGUCAUGUUGACUUAAGGCAUGUAUGGAAUCAGUGUUCAUGCUUUUGGUGGUUGUUGAAUCAACCAUAAACUUUUAAGUUAAUUAUUAGCUGUAUGUAUUGAUCUUUAUUAUUUGUGUAGUUUGACUGUGAUGUUUAGUGUAAAGUGAACUUAUUACUAGACAUAUGUAAGCAUUUGCAAUAAUGUAUACAACUUAGA